ACGACGAUCUUUUAGAUUCCAUCCUUGCCGAAGGAAGAUUCUUGUACUUUCUUGUCGCCCCUUAUAUCAAUAAUGGUCAGAACCGUGUUCUUACCAACAUCUUGACCGAAUGGGAAAUAUUCUCAGAUAUGCUCCAUCGUUUCAUCCAAACUUUCGUUAAUCCUAGAAUUGACAAAAAAGAUACAUCCGUAUUGGCGAAUUCACUUCAGCAAUACAUAUCGGACAAACUUAAGUGCUAUUAUAAGGAUCUUGCCGCACGUAACGUUUCGCUAUAA